CUUGUAAGCCAAUCAACCAUUGAUUUGGUUCAUGUCAGAGCAAUGCCUUUGGCUUCCUUGUCCUGUUUUUAAAUGGCGAUAAGCACCAGGAGAGCGGAGCGUAUGUAGAAAGAGGGGAUAGCAUAAGGAUUCAAAUGGCCACUUCGCUGCUCUUCAGAAGCCCUCUUCAUCAUCUUCAUCGUCGUCAUCAAUUCGGUCUCGCAAAACCAAACGCUUUCUCCCCUUCUCCUACUUCAUCUUUCUCUCCACCUGGCAAGGGCAGGUUUCUCUCCCUCAGGUCCAUUAAGAUGCAAGGGAUGGAAAAUACGAAGAAGAAAGUGUUUGUUGCUGGGGCAACAGGGAGCACUGAGAAGAAGAUAGUUGAUCAGCUGCUCGCGAGGGGUUUCGCAGUCAAGGCAGGGGUGAAUGACUUGAAGGAGGCCAAGUCCGCUUUCUCUCUCGACAACCCGUCUCUUCAGUUUGUUCAGGUGGAGGUGACUGACUCCUCCAACGAGUUGGCAAAAGCAAUUGGGGAUGAUACGAAGGCUGUGGUCUAUGCCACCGAGGUUAUUAAGGUUGACCAUUUCAGCACAGUUAACCUCAUUGAAGCUUGCCAGAAGUGUGGCGUCGAUAGAUUCAUCCUCAUCAGUUCAAUUUUUUUAAGUUUUGAUGCAGUGGAACAAAUUUCUGUUCAUAGUGAUCAUAUUUCCUACCAUAAUCUCGGUGAGGCCUUUGGGGCGAAGCAACAUAUGAUCAGAAUGUCAGGCAUAAACUACACAAUCAUAAGGCCAGUCGGCCUCCGAGAUGAUCCCCCAAGUGGAAACAUUGUUAUGGGACCAGAGGACACUCUGUUCAAGGGUUCAAUAUCGAGGGAUCAGGUUGCAGAAGUUGCCGUGGAGGCACUAAUUCACCCCGAAUCACAUUACAAGAUUGUUGAGAUUGUUGCUGAAGCUGAAGCUCCGAAGAGGCCGUUUGACGAACUCUUUCGUUCCAUUAGGCGAGGUUGAAGCACGGUAUGAACUCUUGAAUGUAUAAAGUCAGAAUAGAACUGCAUCAUUUACGUAUGUAGAUCUCCUACUGCAGUGGAUGAAACUCGAAAUGGAAUAAUUAAGGUGGCGUUUGAAAUUUAGGUUUAAUUUUAACUUGACUUUGAUUGUGAUUUUACGGAGUAUUUGGUCAAACUUGCGGGCCCACAUUCAUUUGAGACUAUUUUAAUUAUGGAGUUGUAUUAAAAUGGAGUGGUGUAAAUAUUUAUGGGUGGGAUCCAUUAUUAUGAUUUUGAUUAGUGUAAUUUAUUUUGUUAUGAGUAGAGUUAAAAUCAAAAUCACGAUUCUAAAAUCAAAUCUAAAUUUUCUU